CAGUGUUCUCCAUUUUAAUUGCAUGCUAAAUGAUAGGUGGGAAGAAGAGUAUAACUGCAUAGGGGUUUGAGUGUGAGUGCACACAUGUAGCACCCAAAGUACCAUUCCCUCCUUCAUGCCACCCUUCAAUGCAAAGAGGCUUAUCUGCAAGCAUUAUUACAGCAAACAAAACCAAUUUAUUCUUUAUAUUCCAUAAUUCAGAGGCUUCUUCAACUUUCUAAAUAUUUGGAAGAUGAAUAAAUACCCCCUCCCUUGUUUUCAGCUUUAAUAGUACAGUAUUGGAGUUAACCAAUUUGGUGAAUAAGAUAAUUAUUAUAGUUACAGUUGUAUAUGUCUUUCAUAUCCCCUCCAUUUUUAAAGGUCUUAAACAGUUUUGCAAAUGAAAAAAUAAUCAAAAUUAAACAUUUAUUCACCAUAUUAUGAUUUUAUAUACCCCGCAUCUCAUAAUAAUAAGUCUUAGCACAAACUUGCUGAUCAACAAUGUUCUUCAGUACAGAUCUCCAAGUACUAUGUGGCUAGAAACAAGUGGAUUUCGAGCCCAAUAAAAUCCCACUUGUAGAUAUUCAUUGUAUUUCCUAUUAGCACUUUUCUUUUGGGGUUCCUUGUGCAAGAUCAAUUUCACUUAGAAUAGCAUAUAAAUCUAUUCCCUGAUAUUAAAUAUUUGUAAUGUUCCAGUGAACCAGCUUCCAGCCACAAAUCCAUUCUUGUGAACCAGCUGGUUGUCAAGAGUUUUAUUGGAGAGGUGAGGCUGGGGCAGUGAGUGGGCUCUGGCCAAUGAACAUGGGGAGGCUGCAGUAGGCUGAUCUGAUGGACUCCACAGACUACCAGUGAUCCAGAGACCACACUUUGAGAAUCACUGCCCUAGUUGCUUCCCUUCCAUCUCAGUUCAGGGAACAUCACAGUUCCCUGUGCUCUCCCCUGUAGUAGAAGGGGUGAUAGGCUAUGAUCUGGAACACUUCUAUGCAGGGCUGUGACACCACUUCCAGAUUGGUGCCAUGCCCCCUUAAUCCCAGACCAUGCUUUUGAGCCAUUUAGCCAGUUUACUUCCAAGUCAGCUAUGGCUCAACAAAAUGGCAAAACUCCUGUUUUGUAAGUUGUGACACUUGAGUUCUAUGGAACUUGGGGGUUGGGCUAUUUUCCCAUUAGCAGGAACUCCCAGCCAAUAUUUUGACAGCUUUCAAUUAGUGAUUUGCACUGGGGUGGGAAGGUAGAGGAGCGCAAAGGUUGCUGCAGCAGUUUGUCAGCUCUUUCCAUUCAUAGCAAUCAGUGUAGCUUCUAAGAGAUCAUCCACUUUCUUCUUUGGUGGCCCAGCCUUUUCAGUGCUGUCCAGGUCAACAUCUGGAAGGGAGCACUGUGUGGUUCAAGAUUGGCUGAAAUGAGAAUAAAGGCAGGGUAGUUUUAAACCGCUGAUUAUGAUUUGGGGAAUGAAAACGAUGUUCUGAAAGUAUAUUUGUGGUUGCUGGAAAAAAAGAUUACCCUCCCUAGGAACAUUUGAAGAAAGCAAACUGAAAGAUGGGAGAAGAGUCAAGCGGAAUCAUGUAAGAAGUUCAUCCAUCUCUUUGGGUGGAAAACCUUUAAGCCAGUUUGAACUUGCCUUUUAACCUUGGUGAAGAUGUAUUUUAGGAGCACAACUGAAGAGUGUGCAGUCCAAAAAUUGCAUCCAUGGUCACAGUCACCCCUCACCGAUUGUAUGGCCAGUUGAAAAACUUCGUUAAACAAAAAUCUUUCUGCGUAUUCCUGUUCUUCUCAAAUAUUAGCAGCAGCCCUCUCCUCUAAGUAAUGUAGUUUAAGUGGUUAUAGAUCUUUCCCUUAUUUUUCCCCUUCUGCUUUCUUGUGAAAAUAAAAAGAUUCUCAUUCUUUUCUAUUCCACUUUCAUCAUAAUAAUCCUGCAAUCUCUGUUGAUAAAUUCCAGAAGAAACUAUUAUAGAGGAACCUGUAUUCUGCCAGAUAUGGCUAACUCCCAGCAGCUCCCAACCUCCAGAUCUUCCCCACUGCUAUAGAACUACAUCUGAUUAGAGGAGAAGACAUGUAACUGAAGCUCUCUUUAUUUAGUUGGAGCAAAGAGCAUAACCUGCCCUGCUGUAUCCUAGGGGGAAGGAUAUUCCAAAGGGUAUAGGCUAUACUAGAAACUGUUGCCCAAUCUAAUAUUACCCUCUAAAUCUUCCUAUUGAGUAUUGAAAGUGCAAAGGGUUUCAUCCUGAAGCCCUUAAAUCUUGCACAUUGAGCAACGUGACUUCUUUUGUCUCUCCAAAAGGCUACCUUGUGGAAUCCUGAAAUAUCCUUCCAGUGCUGCAAAAGAUGAAACAAUACCCCUCCAACACUGCAAUAUUUCCAUUGCUUCCUCCCCAUAUGGUCCAUGCAUCAAAGAACAACAACAUGAAUGUAUUUGGUGGACUGCAAGGCAUGAUUCAUGAGGGAGGUGUGCGCUCCCUGUGGCGGGGCAAUGGCGUCAAUGUCCUCAAGAUUGCACCCGAAUCUGCCAUCAAGUUCAUGGCUUACGAGCAGAUAAAGCGAGCAAUUCGUGGGCAACAGGAGACCUUGAGGGUACAAGAGAGAUUUAUUGCUGGCUCACUGGCUGGGGCCACAGCGCAGACCAUAAUCUACCCUAUGGAGGUUCUGAAGACACGACUGGCCCUCCGCAAGACAGGCCAGUACUCAGGUGUGGCAGACUGUGCCAGACAGAUCCUGCAAAAGGAAGGAAUCCCUGCCUUUUACAAGGGCUACCUGCCAAAUAUGUUGGGCAUAAUCCCCUACGCUGGUAUUGACCUGGCAGUUUAUGAGACUCUGAAGAACACCUGGUUACAGAAGUACAGUAAGAACACUGCUGACCCAGGAGUUCUGGUCCUCUUGGGCUGCGGCACCAUCUCCAGUACUUGUGGCCAAAUUGCCAGCUAUCCCUUAGCCCUGGUGCGAACCCGGAUGCAGGCACAAGCAUCAAUUGAGGGUGCACCACAGCUAACCAUGCUGGGUCUCUUUAGACACAUCCUUUCCCGGGAAGGGGUACUGGGCCUCUACCGUGGCAUCGCCCCCAAUUUCAUGAAGGUUAUUCCUGCUGUCAGUAUCAGCUACGUCGUGUAUGAGAACAUGAAGCAGGCUCUGGGGGUAACAUCCAGAUGAAGGAGAGCCCUGCAUCACCAAAGUGCAGGGGACCUACCUCUCAAGAAGGGUGUUUGAAAGGCAGCAAUAGGUGGGGAUAUACCUCUUCUGCUCCAAAUGCUGUGAAAUGGAGAGCUAGAGUGUGUUUGGAGUAAUUGGGUCCAGGCCAUCUUCACCAAAACCUUGUGGCCUCUCGGAAGUAGAUUUUUUUUCUCGCCCACAUUCUGGAAUUUGCAGAAAUGGUCUCAUCAAACAGACUUGUUUCUCACCAACCUGCUGCUCUUGCAUAUGUAUCUUCUCCCCAACCGCUGAACACGAGAACCAUGACACUCUACCAGCCAUGUCAUAAUCCAGCGGAAAAGCAGUUUUAAGUUGACAGUGAUUGCUGUGGAUAUGUUGCCAGAUUUCAAGCAACUGCUGGUGAAAUGGAUUGACUUUUGAUAAAUAGCCCUACCAACUCGUUAGCAGUUUCCAGUACCAGAGAAAAUACAUUCAGAGACAAUUCAUUGGUGGCACUAGAAUAUCUGUGAUUAUCCCCUGGAGUCCACCGAUUGCUUCUGCAGACGUUCAGCAACAUGAGUAUCUGAGUUUUUGAGGACUUUGGCCAAUAGAUUCCAUUCUUCCUUUAGCAUUUCUAUUUGCAACACUGAAUUCCCUUUGAGUCCUCUUUCAUUCCUCCUCCUAGAACCUGUAGGGGUGCUGGAGCCCCAGGCAUUUGCAUUUUAGCCCAGACCCACUUUACUUGUUUCUUUACUAUGGAAACUGUUUGUAUAUUUUGCACAUUGACUGUUUUUAACUUAUAAGACUAGUUUGCUAUCUACUCCUGGACCUCUGUGGCUGAAUUGCCGCCUCUCCCAUUUUAUCCCCAUUCCCUUUCCUUCUAUUCUGAGGGAGCAGAGAAUGCUGAAAGGGCUACUAUUUUGUGGUAAUCAUCAAAGCACUUGGCUGAGAUCCCUUAAUAUGGUGUGUACACGUUUCUGCUCAUUUUGAGAUAUUUGCACUAGCUAUACUGGUCGCUUAAAAAUGCGAUAAUUCAGAUUCUCGAAGCCAUGCAUCCAGGAUUUCGUUGGGCUCUGUUUUGUGUUGCUCUCCUCUUUUAUUUAUGACUGGCUGAAUUACAUUGCAGUUGGGCAUUCAUUUUUUCCUUUUUGUUUGGAAAGCUGGAAAAGGCAGGAUAGGGGCUGUAGAGUAUGACCUAUUCAGUCCACAGAUCCUCUUCUCAACAAAACUCUGCCUCUGCCAGUCUCUCACUAAAUGUCCCACAGGGUCUUCCCAUUCCAAAUGGGAAACCUGGUGCCCAUCUAGGACAGAAGAAGAGUCCUACUGGAGAAGGCCAUGGAAUCCAGCAUUCUCUGUCACGUGGUGGCCAAAUGUCAAGCCUCACAUAGCUAGCAAAACCAAGUAAGGAAGAACAACAUGGAUUUCAGGAAUAUAUCUUUAAUGCUGUUCUGGGUUGGAUACAGAAUCUUGAAAGCUGUUAGGUUUUCAAAGAGACUCUACCUUACUUUCCUACAUCUCUCGCAUGUGGACUGUGGGUUGCCUCUUCUCAAAUAAAACCUGAUUUCUUGUCUCCUGCUUCUGAGCAAUCUCUCAUACCAACCCAUUGCAUUUGGGAGGAUCCCAGCCAUGAAUGGGAGGGUAACAGACCUAUUCCACUGUCACUUUUGAAGAGCUGCUGUUGCCUUUUCCAAUCUGAUGUCCUCCAGAAAUGUUGGUUCCCCUUAUUUCCAGCCAAAGGUGUUGAGGAAAGCUGUAAUAAUGGAUACACUAAAUGUCAUAACUUCACUUGUAAAAGACCACCUGUGACAUUCAGAAUUUAAAUCAUAUCCUUGGAAGAAGAAUACCUGAGUGUCUGUCAAGAUUCUAGCUAAACUAGAAGUAGGUUGAUGCAGGUGGGAGGGGAAGGACCUGCAAGAAACGGAUGCUCAAAAAUGGGAGAGGUUUUAUGUUUUUGUUAGAGUGCUCCUUCAGUUUUAGUUAAUCUGCUAGAAGUAAUCAGGAUAGGCACUCCCAUUCGAGAAAGGUAACUCAUUCAAUAGAUAGAACUUCUUCCAAGUAAGGGAGGUCUUCUGGUUUCUUUGGAAAGCUCUGAUAAGAUGCAGUUUCUUCAAAUGUGGUGCCAAGGACAAUGGAUGCUGAAUUUUGCCCCACUAUAGCGCUUUUAACGGGAUGCCCUUUGCAGUCCACCUUGCCUAUAAGAGAGUGAAUUUUGAUCAUGUAUGUGAGUUUGCAGUUCCAUAAGAUCUACCUCAUUUGGUUAUUAAAUGUCUGAGUGAGAAACCAGGAUGGGGAUGAUACAAAACUCCAGGCAGAAAGUAAGGUGAGGAAUGAUGGAAGAAUAGAGAAAGAUGUAAUGCCUUGCACAAUAGGAUCGUGUCCUAAGCUGCUUUCACCUGGAAAAUGUUAAAAUUGUUUUCAUUGGAAAUAUAUUUAUGAGUUUAUUAAAAUAAGGGUGGGAUCCUAUACCCAUUUAUUUAGCAUUCAUGUCAUGAACUAAAUAGGAUUUACUUCUGAGUGGACAUGUCCAGAAUUGUAUUUGCUUUGGUGUAUUGAUUUGGUAGGUAGGGCAGGCAAGGGUUGGCAUUCCCCAACAUUUUUUUAGAGUAUUUGGGCUGGUAGCUCUGUCCCUUCCUGCACCCAUUUUACAGGAAUGAUUCAGUAAGGACAAGGGGCAGGAUUGCUGAGUUCCAUCUUGGAAGUGCCUCCUGUAUCCUUUUGCUUUGCCACCAGUGGCUAUUUCUGCCACCCAUUCCACGUACCUAUAUUUUGUCCCCUUCCUGCUGGAUGUAGGGAAGAAGGUUCUCAGUCGUGCUGCACAAAAGGUGAAAGAAAAGGUAGAAGGUGAAAGGACGAGAGAAAAAGCAAGUGGGAAAGCUGCCAUUGUCUCAUCUCCCCAUCCAGUUGCACACGUAUUCAAGGGAAUCUCUGGUUUGCAUGAGGUUAAUUGUAUAUGACAUAUUCCAAGAUAUGGACAGGUGCAUAUCCGGAGAAUCCAAGAAUGGAAGCAACAGGCUAGAUCAGAUGAUCUUCAGAUGCUUCCCUGCCAGCAAUUGUACCCAAGAUGUAUUAGCAGCAAUCCGUGUGCACUGCUUAAAAAAACUGAUCAUCUAUGACAGCUCACCAUGAUAGCUGUUCAGUAUCUUCAGGAUCAGAAAUGUCGUUCCUCUAAAUACUGUUUGCUGGAUGAACAAAGUGGGAAAGGGAUACUGUGCUCAAAACGUACGUAAGGGUUUUCCAGAGGGAUUGGUUGAUCACUGUAGGAAACAAGAUCUUCAGUUAAACAAAGGUUUUUCGUUUGAUCCAGGAGGUAUCUUCUUAAUGUUUAAAAUAACUUUAGAACAGAUAAUUCAGUAGUAGUUUUGAACUUCUGACUGGCUGUCUGCUGACUCUUUGAGAUGCCAUUUGGACUGACCAUCUCAAAGAUCAUUGGAUAAAUGAUCUUUGAUCUCUAAUCUAAAUUUGCUCCCAAAAACUAGAUACCUAGUUUGCACUUCCACACAGAACCAAGUGUGAACUCAGGCUUCAACCAAGUGUCUUGUUUUGGAGGACUGAACACACUCUAAUAUCUGACUUAUGACUAUGGCAUUCAUCUUGCCUGAAUCUAACUCCAGUGAGAUAUUUCUCUAUGUCUGUGACUGCUCCUGAUGCAUUUUGUGUUAAAUUUUCAAAGAGAAAAAUAAAACAAAAUACAUUUUCUAAACUUUGUUUCUUGGCUUGAUAUCUCUGAAAUGAAUUCAGAAGCAACAUACAAACACUUCAAAAGCCAUGAUAUCUGUUUUGCUACUGUUUUCUAACAUAGGCUUAACACGCCUAUUUUUGGUUUUUGUUGGAAAAAAAUAUAUAUACUUAAAAGGGGGGAGUUGUAUGAUCAUGGGGGUUUCAGGGAUCACAGAAAAAUGGCUGAGGCUUCAUGUAGCCUAUGGUUAUCCCAUUUCUGUUUUAGAAGAUAAUUGUUAC